AUGAAGCGCCGGCUACUGCUCGCGUUCACUCUGCUUUGGGUUGCACGUUCGUUCAGAGUGGAGGGGGACCCUGACUCCCUGGAUGUGGACGAGGACCACCACUCUGUGGAGCCCCAAGCCCAGCUCCGCAAGAGCCAGGAUCUCAUGGCCAGAGUCGCCAAGCAGGAACACCAGAUGCCCUUUUGCCUGGUGUUCUUUAGCACAAUCUCCAAGCUGCUUGUGUUGCUUCUGGCCCUUGGCCCGGAGGCGGUGCGGAAAGAGGAGCCUACCAGUGGUUGGGGAAGAUUCAAGGCAAAUGCUAAGGUGGCAUUCCAGUGGUUCCUUCUGAUUCUCUUCCUGGCGGUGGUGGUGAUGGAUGUCGUGGGGCUUUGGAAAGUCUUUCGCCUCUGUCGUGACAAUGGCAUCAGCUGGCUGUGCACAUUCGCUGCGGUUGUAAUUAGAAUGUCAAUGUCUAGCAAUGCGCAGACGGCUUUUGCGAUGAACGGGCUGGCCGUGACCUACGACCACCACUUAUCGUUUGCUCAAUGCCACAAAAGCAGUAAGCAAUAUGUCCCAGAGCCAGGUGCCAUGCAGCAGCUGAUGAUCACGCAGAAGGGCUGGCCGGCUUGGAUAUUGUACCAACUCGGCAUGUGCUUCUAUAUGCUCAACAUGACGCUGCUGGUGCCAGCAGUCGUUGUCCUGAUAAGUCUACUACUGGGGUGGGUCCCAUUUGUUAUAUUUGGUUCUGCAUCUGUGUUGGCAAAAGCCUUCCACUGGUGUGCCAUGAAGAGAAGUGACAAGGCGACAUAUGAAGCGCUGCCUUUCAACAAGUAUGAAGAUGGAGAGUAUGAGAACAUGCGAAAUCUCUACCGCCACAUGGUGCGUGGAGCGCAAAACUCGCACGUACUUGCUGGGAUCAACCUCCAAAAAGAUGCGACACUCCAGUCAAAGUACCGCCGUGACCUUGCAACCUACAAAGAACUUGGCUCAACAGAGGCUGGCAUUCUGAAUUUUGCAGGCUGGCAGCUUGGGGGCCCAUUGGCUUUCGCAACAGCCGCACUGAUGGCUAGCCGCAUGCUUGCAUGGCUGCAGUUCGGAGAGCACUCGUGGGGUGCCUUCAGAACAGAGUACUGGCAAGCGGUAUUCACAUUUGGCGAGCGUCACUGGUGGUCUUACCGGGACUACAUACUCUCGUGCAAGGACGACGUGAUCUCCACGUGGGGCCGGACUCCAGCAAUUGCUGCCAAAUUAAUUGACGUCGUAAGCAGAGUGAUAUGA